CUUGAUACAAGUGUCAGUAUUAUAUGCAUAAUUGCAAUAAUCAGUGAAUCGCUAAUUGCAAGUCUAUACUCAAUAAUAAAUAGUUGUUAUAAUAUACUAAUAAAAGCAAUAAUAUUGCAUCAAAUGAUCCAAUAAUGCACUUCUCUAUAGCAGACACUCAACUCAUUAAAGACCAAAACCACUCAUUUGUCACGUACAACAUAUCAAUCAAUGGCUCGUUUCACUGUUCCCUAAGAUAUAAGCAGUUAUACAACUUUCACGAACAGCUGAAGAGGACAUUCGGAGCAAAUACACUGCCAUUGUUUCCGCCGAAGAGAUUACUUCCGUUGACUCCCACCCAGACUGAAGAGCGGAGAUCUCAGAUCGAGAAAUACAUACAAAUCAUCAGUCAGGACCAGAGGAUAGUGUCCAGCGAUCUGUUCAAUGGAUUCUUCCUCAGCGGACAACAGGAGACGCAGAACUCUAAGAUGGAAGAAGUGAUUGUCGAUGUGUUUCAACUCAAUUGGCAGUCAAUCAAAGUGCAGAUCUACUCGACCGACAGGACAGACAUUGUGUUGGAUUCUGUGGCCAAAGCGCUAGAGUUGACGCCACCAUUGAUUCCGUACUUCAGUCUAUUUGUGGUGAAACGUGUGGACAAUGUCUGCGUUCCCAUCAGAAAACUCCAGAACUUCGAGUCGCCUUAUCUCACAUUAAAGACAAUGAAUUCAGUGGACAGCAGUCACGCGAUAGUCAUCCGGAAGUCCUAUUGGGACUCCAUUUAUGACGACGAAGUAUUCGGUGACAGAACUGCUGUCAAUAUAUUAUAUUUUCAAACAUUACAUGACAUCGAAAAGGAUUUAAUUGAAGCCAAUAAAGAGACCCGAAGACAGUUGACGUCACUUCAGGCCAAAGGAUCCAAACAAGAAUAUCUCCAAUUAUCGCGAACUUUGAAAUAUUACGGAUACAUUCAAUUCGAGCCAUGUUUUUGUGAUUAUCCCCAACAAAACACCAGGGUUUUAAUAGCCACCGGUGGUAAAGAGCUUAACAUAAGGGCCUAUACGGCAGCGGAACAUAUGAAAGAAUAUAGUUUUCGUGUCACACGAGUCCGCUGCUGGAGGUUAACCACUUCAUUACACGACAAACUCAAUGGUUGUGCCAUUAAUGCCAACACCAGUAGUAGCAGCAGUAGUAGUAGUCUCAGUAGUUGCCAAUCUACCGGUGCGGCUAAUACUAGAUUCGAGCUCUCAUUCGAGUAUCUUCUUAGUAAAGAUCACUUGCAAUGGAUUACAAUAAUCAGUGAUCAGGCAAUUUUGAUGAGCGUUUGUCUGCAGGGAAUGGUAGAGGAGUUGCUUAUGAAAAGAAAUGGCAAAAAGAUUAAACGCGAAGAACCAUCCCUCCAGUACACCACUAAUGGAACGGCUGGUGGCAGUCGAAGGGGUUCCUGGAGUUACAUGAAGAGAGACGGUAGUAGUCAUCAGAUAUCACUUCCAAGAAGUGUGUCCACAGAUGCAGGUCUGGCCUACUCUGCAGAGAUUCAUAACAAACCGUUGAAGUCAUCCCAUUCCUCGCACAACGGAUUUCCUACAAAAUCGCGACAUUUCGUAGAAAACGACGCCUUCAAUGGUAUCGGAGAUAUCGGUGACGACGACUUAUAGGGACCACCAGUUGUUUUGAUAUAGUUUUUAGUGUCUGAAAAUUUUUUAUACCAACCAAACGAAGCAAAUGAAAGUAUUUUUAGGACUAAAGCUUAUUACCAUAUAAUAAGUAGUUAUCGUAUCUUAAAGUGCGGCCAAACAAUAAUUUUAUGCUUUUAUUACCGGUAGUUAACAAUCAAACGAUAGAUUCGCCAAAAUCUCAAUCAUUUUAUCUCCAUUUUUGACAUUUAUUUCGAGUAUUUUAAGAAAUUGUUUUUAAUUCAUCAAUC